AUGCCACACCCAGCAGGAUGCACUGAUCCCCCUGAGAAGGGCAAAUUGGCUGAACGGGAGGAACAAAGCCACGCUUCAGACGAAAAACACAAGAAGAAGAUACGAAACCAGGGCGGAGAAUUGAACAUAUACGAUACUGCGGAUUAUGAGCAAGAUGACGAUUCAGAGACCAUCAGCGGAAAGAGUUCCAUGCUAGACUUACAGACUCUCACAUCAUACGCUGGAUUCGUGUAUGAUAACAUUCAGGCACUGUCUAUUGAGGGGCGGAGAACACCGCCAGAGUGUUAUGAUGAGGCGUUUACGAAUCUGUUUGAGGAUAUGGAAAUGGAUCCGGAGGUGGAGGCCGUGAGGGAGAUGAUGAGACAGGCUGAGGCUGCGGGAUUGAUUGGCGGCGAUGUUGGUGUUGGGGAAGAUGGGAGGGAGAGGUUGGAGUUUGAGGGGAAGAGUAUUUUGGAUGCUGGGGAUGAUGUGUGGGAUGGGUUGGUUGAAGGGAGUGUUCCGUUUGAGUUUGAUGCUGUGGAUGGGGAGGGAGGGAGUAAGAAGGACGAAGGAAGAAGUUGA